CGAGUGCACAUGGCCGUCCCUCCUGUCUCAUUUUUUUUCUCCCGUUUCCUUCAUCGAGAAAAAUUAGUCAGUUGCGUGAAAAGCGUUGGUGUUUGUGGAUAAUGAGGAAUUCCGUCGAGUGGAAGAAAAUAAUAAUCCCGAAAUAGACCUUCUGCACCCGCAAUCUUUCGGUGUAGCAGACGGUCGGGGAGUCAUCGAUUCCCCCACAACUCGCAAGAUAGCUCACUCUGAGUUUGUUCGUUUUAUAUUUUUACGAUAGACUCGUAAAUAUAACCUCGGCAUCGGGACGACAAUAGUUGUGUUAUCAGUGAUUUGUGAGUUUGUUUUAAUUGGUUUCGUUCAUUGAGUGGAUUUUGUGGAUUCCGUUGGGAGGGAGAAGGAAUGGUACGCUUGUUUCGCAUUUGCUGAAAAAAAAAAUGUGAUCGAAAGCUCUCGAGCAGGCAAAGAUGACCGAUGAGGGAGUACCCCACGUACGCCUGGGGCGCUCGAGGCUCCUUCAAAAAGAAGAACUGAUGUACGGUGAAGCGGUUUACCAUCAAAAACCAAUCGUCGAACGUCACAGGGUGACCCCAAGGCGUAUCGAUUCACCUCAACACCGUCAUCCUGAGAGUCUCUCACACCCGAACAAUGCCCAUCCCCGACGUCAACCAAAACCCCGCGUCAAGUACCAAAGACAGACACCGAACCAAUACUCAAGCAGUGACGAGAGUGCUCCAAGACCCCCAAACAAAUGCAAGAGCACAAGUUCAAUAGACACCCAAUCUGUAAACAACAUUCUGGAUGAAUUUGAGGAUUUGGAUGGCAGUGGUUCCUCGGGGUCUAGCAUAAGCGUGACAAACUUCGAGUCUAUGAUGAAUCAGCGCCGAAUGCAACGAACCGAGAGACAAGUGACCAAGGUUAAUCAACAGACUCAGGUGCGCCAGAGAUCAAGAGACAGAACGUCACCAAAAGUCCCUGAGAAAGCAUCCCCAGUCCCCCCGAAACAGGUUCCCGAGAUUUUGCUUCGAAAGGGUGAAGUCCAAAAACGAGUUGACGAGUGGUUGAUCCAGAGCCAGAGCCAGAGCCAGCAGCCACCACCAGCUCCCCGUGUCUCCCUGACAAGAUCGACAAGCAGUGCCGAGCAAAAGAGAAGAUUAAUCCCACCGGAGACACGUUUAAACGGUACAACAAGCUGUGAUGAUCUCAAUUCCGAGCAUCCACAGAAUCACAAGGUCGAGUGUGUGAGCAUCGGUGUGAAUACAGGGCCCAUAAAUUACCGGGACUACGUAAGAAACAGAAUGAAAAUUGACAACGACACUGUCACUGGCAACUCAAUGACCUCGAGAAUACCACAGCGACAGACAGUUGAUAAAAAUUCACGUAUUAAGCUGAAGCAGAUAAACGGUGCAUGCAGGCCGACCUCGAGGCACUCAUUUAAACGUACACGUUCUGGUGAUCGUUCGAUUCCAAAUAAGGCAUGUGAAAGUAGACCUCCAAGACAUAAUAAGGUGGAUGAAAUUGUACAGAGAGUUGAGAAAACUGAAAUACAACGCGAUACUGAUGACAAUAAUUCAAGAAGACCACCAGCUCCACCGAGAAGAAGUCACAGAUCAGAUUUAAACUGUUGUUCUAGCUUCAAGCCUAACAAGACAGUUGUGAAUGGUGCUGUCAGUGGUCCUCAUUACGCCCGAGAUGUUGAGAAGAUUUACGAGAAGUCACUGAGACCUGAGGUUAUACAUGCUGACGAUCUCAGAGCAGUAUUAGAGCCAAGUGUUAAGUCGUCUGCUUAUGGUGAAAGUUUUCGGGCUGAGGAGGACGUGACAAAUGGUGUGACAAAAAUCUACCCGGAAAUUGGAUUGGAUCAGUGCCUGAGGAUUCAGCGUAGAUUACCAAAGAACUCGACAUUCGACAGGAGAGAUUGCCCUCCUGAUGAAACAUUCCAGGAGAGGAGUUUGAUGAGACCAGAGGAGAAUGAGCCGACUUAUGAAACCCUUGAGAAUGCACUGAAGGAUUCUUACGAAGCAAUGAGCACACUGAAGCUAGACAGACAUUUGGAUGAUAUUGAACACGAGAAAUUCGAUGUCAAAGGAAUGGAUUCUUCGCAUCAGAAAACAGUUGAUGAGGAGAAUAGAACGGCGGAAGCUGAUUCCGAGAUACGCAAUGCUGGCGAGAGUGAGACAACGGUGUCCGUUAAUGAAGUGCUCGUGAAGAACUUGUGUUUUCAUCAAGAUCUACCCCAAGAUUGUAGAAAUGAAACAUUCAAAUCCGUGGGUGUUACCAGUUACCAGAAACCAUUUAAUUUUAACAGUGUUCUUAGUGAUGAUUACGAAACUCGUGUUAGGGAAGCAUCUAUGAUGCAGGAGUGUAAAAUUUAUGUUACCAAAGAGGAGAUGGAGCGUCAGAGGCUCAUGGAUUUGCUGAGAAAACGGGAUUAUGAGGCUGUUAAACUGGAGUUGGAAAGAAGUUACACAUUAUCGACCCCGGGUGGUGGUAGCCCGGUUUGUUGUCCGCCAUGCAGUCCACCACCAGCUCCAGCCGCGUAUAUAUCGAGUAUUCGUGCGUCAUCGAGGAAAUUUGGUGGCAGUGGACCAACAUCACCUGAUCGUGAUCCAGUUGGUAGACUACUCAGAUACUUAAAAAUGUACUACCGCGAAUUAGGAACGAGGGAUCCCCGUCACCUGCCCCCCUGGAUCCUCCCCCUGCCCCUGGGCACCCUGUGCCCCGCUCACUUCCAGCCGCACCUCCAACUCAUGCACAAGAACGACCAGGAGCACCGCCUCGAGUCCAUAAAAAUCGACCAAAUAUUUGCAACAGUGAGACUGAGCGAUGGCCUUCUGUCGGAAGCCCCGCGACGUGUGGCUAUCGAGGGUGGUCCAGGUAGUGGCAGAACAACCCUCUGCAUGAGACUCCUCCACCAAUGGGCGAGCAAAGACGACGGCCCAGCCCUGGCCUUCAUAAUUCCCCUCCGUGAAUUGCGCGGUACAUCAGUACUCAAUUACCUGACACGUGAAUUUUUAUCAAAAAGUGCAUCACUCACUGAGGCAAUGGCACAGGUAUGGCGCACCCUGCAUUUACUCGAGGAUCGAGUGCUCUUCAUUCUUGAUGGUUACGACGAGUGUCCGGGUGGUAGGCAAUCGCUGGCCGAUGCCAUUGACUUAUUGGAGGCGCGAUUAUUUCCGGACGCUAGAAUUCUCGUAACGUGUUCACCCAACAAUUGGCCAAGCCUGUCACCAAUGGUACAGCGUAGAAUUCACUUGGCUGGAUUGGAAUGGCCCCAUGUCGAGCGACUAUGCGUUGCCUAUUUCAUUCACAAUAAUUUGUCAGAGCGAGCCUGUGAUUUUCUCGAGUGCCUCAGCCUACAGUCGCAAACAAUCAAGGAGCUCGUGCAACAUCCACUUGGUUGGAUAAUGCUUUGCACACUUUAUCAGGAUUGCGGUACAUUACCAGUGCAGCCCAGUGCUGUUGUACAGGAGGGAGUUAAAUCUAUAAUACGAAAAUGCCUUGACAGACCAUUAGCACCUGACGAGGAGUUGCCGUCGCACUGCAGAAAACGGCUUGAGGAUUUUGGCAAAUUGUCACUAUCGGCGCUGAGGGAGGGCCGAUGCUGUUACACUGAGUCGGAGGUACGUACACGCGGUGGUGGAAUUGAAAUUCUGAGGCUGGGAUUUCUCUCCAGGGGCUUCACGUUUGGACAGAGAAGAAAAAUAGAACAGUACACACCCAUUCAUGCGGCUGUUGCUGAAUUUCUCGCUGCUUACUAUCUUGCCUCGAUAUCACAGUAUGCAAAUAUACUGAGGAGGGAAAUUGAGGGCUUGCCGAGUGGGAUCAUUGGGUAUCUGGCGGGAUUGCUUGGGCCGAGGACUCAUCUUGUGUUGAAUCAGUUGUGUCCACUUGAGGUGCCUUCCAGGACUAUUUUCUCGCUUCUCAAGGCCGCCGGAACGUCCGAUGGCAAUAUCUUGGCGGUUUGUCGACUACUUGGGGCAACUCCUGGCUUUGGACCUGUUCCCAGUGAACGACCACCAGCGCCGCUUGUCCAGACGUCACCCCUCGAGCUGGAGGGCUGGUCCAGGAUACUGGGCAGCACAGCCUGCACCCUCGAGGCACUUGAGGUCGUGUUCCAGGUGGAGAGGAGCGCUGAUCCCACUUAUCUCAAUGACUUUUUCAAGGCUCUGGCGGAUAAUGAGAGUGUUAAACUUGUGAGGAUUACUUCGUUGUUGGGGCAGGAGUUCCCUGCGGACGAGGCGCAACGGCUGGCUGGACAUCUCAAGAGUGUUCUCAGCAAGAAGAGGCUCUAUGAUUUUGAACUUGUCAUCACGUGCUUGGAGGAGUCGGCGCACGACAGACUUGAGUGCGUGGUUAACGCACUUUGUCGUGGUUUGAGUAAUGCAUCGUCCCACCUGGCGCGACUGGUACUCGACAUGAAUCUGUCCGGUGAUCAAGUCAGUAGGGUCUGCACGGCACUGCGCGAUUGCGUUCAAGUGCAGGCACUGCACUUGCCCCAUUUGAGCUGCGGUUGCGAGGGUCUGGCUUCGGUUGCUGAACUACUCAAGGAGAGGCCACUUCUAGCACUCAAUCUUGCCGGAAGUUGGGGCGCCAAAAAUGAGGAUCCAUCGAGCUCCGGUAUCAGCAUGGGUUCUGGAUCGGGUUCGGGUAGCAGCGGUUGUGCAUCUAGCACACUCGGUACACUACCUUUGAACAAUCGUUGCUACUCGUCUCUGCCACGUGGUGCCCUGGCUGCCUACGGUAGUUUAACAAGACCAGCUACUCUUCCACGUUUACCACUUGGUAUUGGACUUGGUACCAGUGGUAAUGGUAAUGGUACAUUGCCGCAGAACGAUCGAGACAGGGACAGUAGCAAUGGCAGCUCGAAGAGAAAUAGUGAUAGUGUACUGUGCCAUCGUUUACCACUUAUGCAUCCACUUCCAACGUGCGAUGUUGCUUGCCAUCAGGGAACUGGUUUUCACGAAAUUUUCAGUGCCAUCAGAGAGCCAAAUUGCAAGCUCAGGUCCCUGAACGUCUCCAAGUGCCUCCAGGGUGGUCUGGAUGCUGGUUGUCUGGGUGAGACAAUCAGACGUGCAAGAAAUUUGGAUGCCGUGAGGGCUGCCGGUGCCUCUAGGCCUGUGGAUGUUAUGCCACUGGUGUUGGCGCUUACCGAGGCACCUUGUCUACAAUUACUCGAUCUCGCUAGUCCACGUCUCGCUAUGGAUGAUCAUCCAUCGAGAUUGUUGUGUCAUGCACUUGCUAGAAACUCGACUCUACGGCUUCUCAGCUUGGAGGGAUGGACUUUCAGAAUAGAGGAGUCGGAUACAUUAUCAGUAUUCUCAGAGUUGUUGACGUGCACGAGUGUCCGUGAAUUGAGCCUGUGCAAUGCCCGUCUGCAUUUAGCAGUCCACGAGGGUCCACUCUCGCGAUUAGGUAGACGAGACGAUGCUGGAGCUGAACUGCUUCGUGCAGCACCACCACCCGCCUGUCCAACGAUAGUUUUCCUCCGUCUGGCAGGCUUUCAAGUUUCAGUUAACGACAGACUGGCACUACGUGGACCUCUCCUGCUUCCCUUUUUAGCUGGAUUCACAGCUCUGAGUGAACUAGACUUGUCCCUUGAUAAAUCAGAGAUAGGAGGCAGCAGUGGCUCUCUCCUCUUCAUCGACGACAAGAUCCUCCAGCAAUUCUUCUCGUCCCUCUCGGCCCACUUCAAGACCCUGCAGACCCUGAAGAUUAAUUACUGGAGGAUCAACCUCGAAGACACUGAUAAAACAAUGAGACAGGUCUCCAAACACCUGAAGACCUCGAACAUAAGCUUCGUCAAGGCCAACGGAUUGAUCGUGACGGAUGGCGUUAAGAGGCUGCAGGUGGAGCAUCUUUUUGUACAAACGUUAUUGGCCAAUUUGCAGUGCCUGACGUGGCUGUGUCUCGAUGGAGUCAAAUUAAACGAGAGCCAGUGCACCAGCAUUGGUAAGUGGAUAAGGGAGCGUUAUCCUGGGGUUUUACUCGAGAUAAGUGCCAAGGAUAUUCAGGUCAAAUCUAUUAAGGCUCUUGUUGCUGCUGUUGAGGAGGGCGGGAGGGCUGAGGUUGGGUAUAUUGGGGGGUCGACUUGUCGAAUCAAAGUUAAUAAACUGCAGAAGAAUUCUAAAACGAAGAAGAAGUGAGGGGUCGAAGGUGAUGAUCACGAUGGUCGACAUUCAGGAAACACUUUUGAGGCGAGGGCCUGACUUUUUUGGGAGAAUUUAUACUCCUGUUGUGAUGUGGAAUGAAGCUUAUUGGAGGCAGGGGUGGCUUGUUGUUGGAAACAUUGGGACUCGAGGCAAAUGGGUUUGAACGAGGAGAGAAAGUUUUGGGAAUUCUUAUUCCACUUCAUUACAGCAUUUUUUGGAUUGCUUUCGUGCACUUGGCAAGUGCACGAGCUUGGAGAAUGACGUGGAAAUUUGUGCCAAAAAAUAUAUAUUAUUCGAUGAGAUAUACUCAAUGGAGAUAUUCCGCUUGCAAGUUGUUUUAUUUUACGUGUGGGAAAAUUUUAUGGGGAAUCUAUUGCUUUUGCUAGGAAGUUCUAUAGAAUUUUACAAAAAAUUAAUUAUUAUUACUUUAGAAUUAAAUUAGAAUCAAAUUAUUUGUUAUUUGA